CCUUUUUCAGCAGCAGAAGGACGGGCAGGGACGGGUACGGUGGAGUGGGAUGGCGAGAACGAGAAGGAAGGAGAGAGAGAGAGAGAGAGAGAGAGAGAGGUUGGGUGUGGGGGCGAUCGAAUGAAACGGACUGAGCAGGCGAGGCGUCCUCGCGCUCCGGAGAAGAUAGAUUCCCCGAGAUGUGACCCUCGUUUGCGCAUCGUCGGGCCGUCCGUCGAGGAGGGUGAGCCCUCGCCAACGCUUUCCAGCAGCGUUGGCGAGGGAGAUGCCGAUGGACAGCGCACGCCACGACAACUGGAGUUGAUUCGAUCAGAGCCUGGCCGCCGGUAUGGGCAUGGUGCCGCGCGUUGGAAAUGGCAAUUCGCGCGCUCGGAGCCAUGGAUCGGAUCGGAGACUCAGGGACCCGAGACGACCUCGCAUGCCGGGAAAAUGCGCCAAGCGAGGCGUGGAUCGUGAUAUCAUUAUGGAGGAAGGAUGAAUCGACAACGUCGAGUUUGCACCUCCAGCGGCUUUCUACUUCGGGCAAUUCUGAUCCCGGGUGGAUGAAUUUGGAAAGAACGUACGAUCGGCGGAUGGAAGGCGUGACUGACAAGAAAAUCCUGGAGCCUGGGACCUGGAGGAGUGCUUCAGCAGGACUGUCAUCGUCCAAUCCCUUCCUUCUUGUUCUCGGGUUUGAACCUCGAUGACCGCGCCGGGGCCGCAGCUGCCCAUUGUCUUAAAGCAUCUACGCAAGAACACAUGGCCGUGACCGUGCUCAGCUAGCCUGCUCAGAGACGAGAGUUCUACGAAACGAGGUCCUCAAAUACUUCCCGUUUACGGACCCGGUUACGACGUGGAGCCAUCGGGAUUUACGUCGCAGGAAUUUCGGUCCCAGGUGCACACUCGUUCUGCUCUCGUGAACAAAAGCUAGUGGAUCUUUUCUCUAGCUUGCCGCUCGCAAUGGCUGCGAUCUGAUUUCAAAGCAUCCUGUCGAUGUGAGGUCGUAGAAGUAUUAGCGUGUGAUGUGUUUGGAGUCUCCAGGACUUACUAUGUUGGGUCAGAUUGCACUGGAACUUAUCCACAAUGAAGUGGCCGUGGAUAAUGUAGAACGUAAUAUAUAUAAAUAAUAUAUUUAUUGUUAGUUCA